CCUGGAUAUAAAUAUAUUCUUGAGGGCCGCCGAUUACUUGAGCACGAGGAACCUCAGGAAAUAUAUGAAGCGUACGAGCAUGGUUCUGGAUGGAUUGUGUGGUCAUAUUCCCGAGAAGGAGGCUCACGCGAUGAAGAGUCAGCUUCGAGGACUUUUGCCGAUUGGAUGUUUGGACAAAAAGGAACUCGGAGAAUGGACUGCGGAGAAGAAACACGAGAUCUGCGCCGGACUGCUCAACAUUCUCCAUGGUGCCGUGAACCUCUUUGAGAAGCACACAAAACUCACACAAUCUAAAAUAUUGAAAUUCAACGAAACAAUGGGCGAAGUCGGCAUGAUCACUCUUGACUGCAUCCAGGCAAAUUGUGGGAUUCACAACGAUUAUUACAACUCUGUCACAACUCAGACAAUCUGGGAAUUUAUAUGCCGGCUUGACAAGGAGACCGAAACGGGACGAGCGCCGUAUGGUCAAUGCUUCGGAUUUUUACGACGUGAGCAGCGUGCCGUUCUUGAAGCAGUCAGCAAAUUCUCGCGGCGAACAAGUAACCACAUUGAGGCACGCUCGAUGAGAGCUUAUUUGAUAAGACGAAUAGGUGUCAUCUGGCACUUCUGCCGAAUGUUUUCAGAAGAGAUAUGUAUUGGGAUUGGGCGGGCUUGGUCCGAGCUGGUAGAAGGCGAUCGGGAGAUCUACAAGGCUCUGGAAGAAUUGGGGAGCGGGAGAAGAAGGAGAGAGAGUAUGCCCAGGUCAGAAGACGGGCGGAGGUGAUAGAGAAGAGAUUGGCAAGAGCAUAGAAACUUAUCGAGAUCGUUGGUUACUCAAAUAGACUUUCUUAAUAAAAU